CGUAACGCAUCACAUUCAGUUUGCAAUAUCAACAAAGAGCGCGCCUUCACCCGGCUAAAUCGCAGUGCCAACCGCAAGGAAAUCUCUUUGGCAUGGCCAUAAAUAAUACAAAAUUUUGUUUUUUGGGUUUAUUGCCUCCACAUCUUAUGUGAAAAUAUACCAAUUUUGAAUACUGAAAUGCUGCUGACACGACGCCUACGUUAUCUCUUUAAGAUGUCACUGGCCGUGUCGCUGCGCCGGGCUCUUCAGGGGUUCCUCUCGGGCGCCAUCUUCAUCCUCACCGUGCUGUACUGGAACCAGGGUGGCAGCAAAACACAGGCGUACAGCGAGGCGUUCGAACGCCCCCACAGUCACAAGGACGGCUCCUCCUUUCCCAUACCCGUGGAGAUGUUUUGGACAUACAAAUGCGAGAAUGACCGAUGUAUGCGGGUGAGCUAUCAUCCUGGGAAGACCGGCAAACGUGUCUCCUUCAUCACCUGCUCGAUGACCUGCGGGUACGUCAACAUCUGGCCAGCACCGACCGUCAAAUCAUUGGUCAGCGCCCACACAACCAGCUUCUCGGUGGAGGUUGUGCAACUGGAGCAGGACACACCGCAUCGGGAGGUGCGGAAGGAGCUGCAGCUGGCCUUUGACUGUUUCCUCAAGGAUCUGCGCCAGAUACAGAGACUGGACUACGCUACCAGUCCACCUGAGACGGGCGAAAGUGAAUCCUCAUCGUGGGCAUCGCAGAACGAUGUGGUAGGAGCCGCUAUUUCUGGGGAGAGGCGACCAGGUGUUCUGGAGAGUCUGGUGGUGAAGAUCAACGUGGAAAAGUCCGGAGAUGUCUGCUUCAGCCUGGAUAACGAUGAGAGCUAUGAGCUGACCGCCAUCACGGAAGGCCACCGCCUGCAGGUGGAGAUCACGGCGAACUCGUUCUUUGGGGCCCGCCACGGCCUGUCCACGCUGCAGCAACUCAUCUGGUUCGACGACGAGGAUCACCUGCUGCACACGUACGUCAACAGCAAGGUGAAGGAUGCCCCGAAGUUCCACUAUCGCGGCCUGAUGCUGGAUACCUCACGGCACUUUUUUUCGGUGGAGGCGAUCAAGCGAACGAUCGUGGGAAUGGGUUUGUCCAAGCUGAAUCGCUUCCACUGGCAUCUGACAGAUGCGCAGAGCUUUCCGUAUAUCUCGCGCAACUAUCCGGAGCUGGCCGAGCACGGGGCCUACUCGGAGGGCGAGACGUACACGGUGCAGGAUGUGCGCGAGGUGGCCGACUUUGCCAAGAUCCAUGCCGGCAAUGGCUGGGACUGGGGGCCCAAGAGGGGCAUGGGCGAGCUGGCCGUGUGCAUCAAUCAGCAGCCGUGGAGCUUCUACUGCGGAGAGCCACCGUGCGGGCAGCUCAAUCCGAAGAACAACCACACCUACCUCAUCCUGCAGCGCCUCUACGAGGAGCUGCUGCAGGUGACGGGGCCCACGGACCUCUUUCAUCUGGGCGGCGACGAGGUGAAUCUCGACUGCUGGGCCCAGUACUUUAACGACACGGAUCUGCGGGGCUUGUGGUGCGAUUUCAUGCUGCAGGCGAUGGCCAGGCUGAAGUUGGCCAAUAAUGGUGUGUCCCCCAAGUAUUUGGCCGUCUGGUCGAGCGCCCUGACCAACACCAAGUGUCUUCCAAACAGUCAAUUCACGGUGCAGGUGUGGGGCGGCAGCACUUGGCAGGAGAACUACGACCUUCUGGAUAAUGGAUACAACGUGAUCUUCUCGCACGUUGACGCCUGGUACUUGGACUGCGGCUUCGGCAGCUGGCGGAGCACAGGAGAGGCCGCCUGCUCCCCCUAUCGCACCUGGCAAAACGUCUACAAGCAUCGGCCCUGGGAACGCAUGCGUCUGGACAAGAAGCGGCGCAAGCAGGUAUUGGGCGGCGAGGCCUGCCUCUGGACGGAGCAGGUGGACGAGAAUCAGCUGGACAAUCGGCUGUGGCCCCGUGCCGGUGCCCUGGGCGAGCGCCUGUGGUCGGAUCCCAGCGAUGAUCAUGAUCUGGAUAUUAUGGCCCCGGAGGUGUUCCGCCGCAUCUCGCUAUUUCGCACCCGUCUCGUCGAGCUGGGCAUCAAGGCGGAGGCUCUGUUCCCCAAAUAUUGUGCCCAGAAUCCUGGAGAAUGCAUUUGAUACUACCUUUAAGAUGAGUAAAUCCCAAUCCAAACACCCCCGAUCACCCAAUACUCCCGACAUGUGCGCUAGUUAGUUUAUAGCGAAUUGUUAUUUUAUAUAAGAAAGGAAGAAGGACGCGAAAGAGACACCCAAGCUUCGCAGAAGUUGUGCGGCAGUUUACAGGAGUAGCAGGAAGCGACUGUAUGAAAUGGUUUCUGGCAUAAACCAUGACUCGAAUUUAUUUUCGAUAGAAAACACAUUCACACACUCAACACCCACACACAUACUUAGUACAAUUCAAAUCGAAUUAUAGCGCACACAUGAUAUAGACAGACAUACAUACAUAUGUAGAUCGGAUACAGGCAGACAUGACCGAUAUAGGGAAACGAUUACCAUUAAGCGUUCAUAGUUUUUAAUUGUAGAUUUCAUACGCAUCCAUACACACACUCACACUCACAACCACAUACAGACAUAGGACUAAAUUCUACAUGUAUGUAUACAUAUAGGCUUAUAAGUAUAUUGGAUCUUAGAACCACUAGAAUUGAAAAAUGCCAAACCUUUUUUGAUAUUUUGAACAAGCUUUAUUCGCAGAACAUCAAUUAUUAUGUUUAAGAUGACAGCAAAAUGAUAUUUCUACCCACUUGUUUCUUACAUUAUUUUUGAUUUCACUAAUAUCACUAUUUUUGUUUUACUCUAAGUUUUAAUUAGAUUUAAAUUAGAUUUUCAGUGAUAUAAACAAUGUGACCUUAAGAAAAACUAAACAAAAA